AUGCCUAUGGGGAACUGAUUCCUCAGACCUUUCAGCUCCAUUUGCCCCAGGGUAGUCUCCUCUGCCAGCCAGGCGAAUGCCGAUCCACAUAAAAUUUCUUGCAAUAUGUUAGCUGGUGUGCUUGGCAGCCCUGCCGCUGCUGGUACUCCCGGUUCCCUGAGAAUAUUUUCGAAUCCUUCCGCAGCUGCAAGCUCUUCAAUGCAAGAUCUUGUGACCCCCAAUAUAAUCUGUCGUUCAAGCUUCGGCGGUAGCAGUAUCCCUUGCCCUGUCAACCCACCGAGCGAUGUCGUUACCACAUCGAAUAACAGCAAUGUGUGUAAAGAUGUACCAAUAUUGGUAAGAAAAAGGUAG